GGCUGAGGCAGUUCAGAGGUGAGAGGCGAGUGCAGAAGCUGGAUGAUAGGUAAAUCGCUGGAGUUAACCCCUUCCCGGGGGGCUGCGCGAUCUGUGGAGGAGGAAGGAGCGAAGGAAGAGCUUGCAGCGGGCUUGGGCUGGCAGGCUCCCCCCGGGGCUGCGAAGAGCAGUCGGGAAGGCGGGACGAGUUCUUAGGAAAGAUGCCACAAAGCCAGAAGUAUGAAUGCUUUGCCAUGGAUGGACAUUGCAGCAGGGAGCUUGGGGCAUCUCUCCGUGCAGGAGCCAAGGAGCUGUUAGAAGCCAUCCUGUAGCGCUCCUUGCAGCUCCUCAUUCUGCUGUGCUUCUUGUGCUGCUGACUUCACUCCAAAUCUAGGAGCGAGUCCUCGUUUGCUCUGUGCGAGCCCCGGCGUUGCGGCUGUUCCGGAGCUCAGGGCUGGCCGAGCACCGCUUGGUGCGAGUUGAGCCCCACGAGGCUGGGCUGGGAGGUGAGGUCGAGCUGGAGCAGGGCGCUGCCGCCCGCUCCCAUCCUGCAGAGCAGCCCAGCAGUGCCACGCCGUCACGGCAGUCCCCCUGAUUGCAGGAGUUUUAGGGGUUCUAGGAGCCACAGGGCGCUGUCAGCGAGCUCAGGCUGCCCCUCUGCAGAUGCUUGGGCUGCUGCUGCUUCUUCCACUAGAGCAUCGCUUGCAACCCUCUGUUUUUAUUAAGAAAGCUGCUAGGCAGGUGCGUCAGGGCUCUGUGGUGUGCGUCCUCUAGGAGGGAAGCUGCUUUUCGCUGGGGAAAAAGUCCCAAAGCAGCGCUGACGUGGAGCGGGGCAGCUUUAUGGGCAGUCUGUCCUCGGGAUGUCUGGAGCCUGGUAUUUCGUUAUUUUUAUAACAGACUGAGGCACGCGUGCUGUGCAUGGGCUGAAUCUGGUUCAGCCGAGUGUGAAACACGGGCAGCAAUCUGGCUGUGCCGGCGCUGAGGCUCUUGGAAGGGGAUUUUGGGCUUGAAAGAGGAAGCAGCCUCCCCCAGCGAGAAUUACUCGCCCUUGCUUUAGCACAGCUCGUAGCAUGCUGCUGAUCUGCCCAGGGUGAGCCGAGUCACUGGCAGCCCCCUUCAUGCCUCAGUUUCCCCAGCCCUUGAGCCUGCUGGAGAGGCGCGGUGAGCUGCUGCGCUCGCAGGGAAUCGGAGGGGCGCCCUGAGCUGCGGCUCACUUCUGUUAACGUAGCGGAGGGGACUGGAAACCUUCGGCCCACGGCACAGCUCCGAUAUGCUCCGUGCCUCCAUCCUAACUUGUGGCCCUCCCCGAGGCAGAGCAAGAUGUAGAAGGCCAUCAGUGCUGAGCAAAACAAAAAGUAACGCAGUGUAAUAGGGACCAGAUGUCUUAGCGAGGCUUCAUCCUGCACUUCUGGUUGUUUGCCAGGGCUAAUAUUUCUUAUUCAAGUCAGGCAGGAGGGAGACUUUUCUUUCCUGUAAAGCCACAGCUCUGUUCCAGGAGAUCUCCCUUUGCUUUUGUUGCUUCUUGAAGGAGCCGUGCGCUUGAAUCGCUUCACCGACGUGCUGCUGCUUCAUCCAGUUUCUGUGCUAAUAGGGGCUUCCCUUUAUUUCGUAUUUAAUCACCGGCUUCGGUGCAGUUCCACCAGAGAGAAACUUGGCCCGUUAUGGCUGUGGGUGGAGGAUGAGCCACAUGAAUUCAGCUCAGCCUGUUUUCCAGCCUGCAUUGCUUCAUUGUGUGUAGCCGAUGGGAUUUGUGGCCCCGUUGAGACCAGCGAUUUGGAAGCGGGGAGUCACGCCGAGGAGCUGUGGAUGGAGCUCUGAAGCGUGCAGACCCACCACUGCUAUGGGAGACUCUGUCGGAGACCCGGUGCCCAGCUCUGCGCCGCAGGGGAACGGCGGGACGUCCCUCAGCGUCAUCACGGAGGGCGUCGGGGAGCUGGCGGUCAUCGACCCCGAGGUGGCGAAGAAAGCCUGCGAGGAGGUCCUGGAGAAAGUUAAGCUGAUGCACGGCGUUUCCUCGGACAGCUUGACAAAAGCAGCUGAUGGCAGCGAGGCAGAGCGCGCCCCGCGGACUGCUGUGGAUUUGCCCAACGGAGACGUCGUGGAGGGCUGUGAAAUCAGGUGCUUGGACGAUCUGCCCAGCACAGCCUCUAAGAUCCAGGAGGAGGAUGAGACCACGGCCAACACGGUGAAAACCGCCCGCAAGCGGCAGAAGAAUAACUCUGCCAAGCAGUCGUGGCUCCUCCGGCUCUUUGAAUCCAAACUCUUUGAUAUCUCCAUGGCCAUUUCAUACUUGUACAAUUCAAAGGAACCUGGUGUGCAGGCUUACAUUGGGAAUAGGUUGUUCUGCUUUAGGAACGAGGAGGUGGACUUCUACCUGCCACAGCUGCUCAAUAUGUACAUUCACAUGGACGAGGAUGUGGGGGAUGCGAUCAAGCCCUACAUCGUGCACCGCUGCCGGCAGAGCAUCAACUUCUCCCUGCAGUGCGCCCUGCUGCUGGGCGCCUACUCCUCGGACAUGCACAUCUCCACCCAGCGACACUCCCGUGGGACCAAGCUGCGGAAACUCAUCCUCUCGGACGAGUUGAAGCCAGCUCACAAGAAGAGGGAGCUGCCGUCCCUGAGCCCCGCGCCCGACAUGGGGCUGUCUCCUUCCAAAAGGACUCACCAGAGGUCCAAGUCGGAUGCCACGGUUACCAUCAGCCUGAGCAGCAAUCUGAAGCGCACAGCCAGCAAUCCCAAAGUCGAGAGCGAGGAAGAGGAGCUCUCCUCGAGUACGGAAAGCCUUGAUAAAUCAUUCUGUUCCCCUGUCAGACUUGCUCCCGAGAGAGAAUUCAUCAAAUCCCUGAUAGCCAUCGGGAAGCGCCUGGCCACCUUGCCGACCAAAGAGCAGAAGACCCAGCGGCUCAUCUCGGAGCUGUCGCUGCUGAACCACAAGCUGCCAGCGCGUGCCUGGCUCCCGACGGCUGGCUUCGACCAUCACGUAGUGCGGGUGCCCCACACGCAGGCAGUCGUGCUCAACUCCAAGGACAAGGCUCCUUAUUUAAUCUACGUUGAAGUACUUGAAUGUGACAAUUUCGACACAGCGAAUGUGCCUGCCCGGAUUCCUGAGAACCGCAUCCGGAGCACGCGCUCAGCCGAGAACCUCCCCGAGUGCGGGAUCACGCACGAGCAGCGGACCAGCAGCUUCACCACCGUCCCCAACUAUGACAAUGACGACGAGGCUUGGUCUGUGGACGAUAUCGUGGAGCUGCAAGUAGAGCUGCCGGAGAUUCACACCAACAGCUGUGACAACAUUUCCCAGUUCUCCGUGGACAGCAUCACCAGCCAGGAGAGCAGGGAGCCCGUGUUCAUAGCUGCUGGAGAUAUCAGGCGACGACUCUCGGAGCAGCUGGCGCACACCCCCACGGCCUUCAAGAGGGACCCCGAGGACCCAUCUGCAGUCGCCCUGAAGGAGCCCUGGCAGGAGAAAGUCAGGAGGAUCAGGGAAGGGUCCCCGUACGGCCACCUCCCCUCCUGGCGCCUCCUUUCUGUCAUCGUGAAGUGUGGGGACGACCUGCGGCAGGAGCUGCUCGCCUUCCAGGUCCUCAAGCAGCUGCAGUCCAUCUGGGAGCAGGAGCGUGUUCCCCUCUGGAUCAAGCCAUACAAAAUCCUUGUCAUCUCCGCUGACAGCGGCAUGAUUGAGCCAGUUGUGAAUGCUGUUUCCAUCCACCAAAUCAAGAAGCAAUCCUUGCUGUCGCUGCUGGAUUAUUUCCUGCAGGAACACGGCAAUUACAACACCGAAUCCUUCCUGACAGCCCAGAGGAAUUUUGUGCAGAGCUGUGCUGGUUACUGCCUGGUGUGUUACCUGCUGCAGGUCAAGGACAGGCACAAUGGCAACAUCUUGCUGGAUGCAGAUGGACACAUCAUCCACAUUGAUUUUGGGUUCAUCCUUUCCAGUUCCCCCAGGAAUCUUGGCUUUGAGACGUCUGCCUUCAAACUCACCACUGAAUUUGUGGAUGUGAUGGGUGGGCCAGACGGGGACAUGUUCAACUACUACAAGAUGCUGAUGCUGCAGGGUCUCAUCGCUGCCCGGAAGCACAUGGAUAAAGUUGUGCAGAUUGUGGAGAUAAUGCAGCAAGGUUCACAGCUCCCCUGCUUCCACGGCUCGAGCACCAUCCGCAACCUGAAGGAGCGUUUCCACAUGAACAUGACGGAAGAGCAGCUGCAGCUGCUCAUUGAGCAGAUGGUGGAUGGCAGCAUGCGCUCCAUCACCACCAAGCUCUAUGAUGGCUUCCAGUACCUCACCAACGGCAUCAUGUGAUGGAAGCGGGCCGCCCGCUCCCAGAACAGCUCCUCGCCCACCGUGGCGCCCAGCCUGGGCCUGAGCUUCACCCUCUCCGGGGAAGAGAUCUUGGGCCUCAAUGGUAAAAGUAUGCUGAGUCUCAGCAUCUUCCUGGGGAUGUGUUUUUUUUUUUUUUUUGCCAGACUCUUAAAAAAAAACAAAGCAAAGAAACAAGACAAAACCAAGCAGUUAAAGCAAGAAAAAAAAAUCCUACUUGUGAAAAAUCAAAGCGUAAAGGAUGAUGCGGUAACCAUUGAUGUAAUGCGCCCGCAGGGUCUGGCGAUGGCCAGGCAAAAGCCAGCAAAGGGCCUCGGGACAUUGGGUUAGCUCCAGACCUCAUGCAGCCACCUCUUCCUCCCGUCAGUAUUACGCCUGUUGGUGCCCUGUGAAUGCUCCCACAAUCUCAGAAAUGUUUAGGAGCUGGGGGUGGAAGGGGAGGGCACAGGGACCGACCCCCCACACCCUUCAGCGUCAACCGUGAGUCGAGCCUUCUGCUGGUACCACUUGAAUGCAGCGGAGCUGAAUCCCGAUGGCCCCCUGCCCUGCAUGUUCCCCCACUGCAGCCUCAGCAUUAUUCAGCCCCUUUCUUUCUUUGUGUCUCACAACCCCGUCACCCCACCUUGUAAUGGAGGGGGAGGGUCCCGUUGUACCACUGCACGUAGGUCACUGCUCCUGCCCCUGUCCCGUGGCACCUGCCCCAUCUCCCACCACCGGUACGUCAAGGUUGGGGUUCACUGAGGCCGGUGCUCACCUGGGGUGUCUGCAUUGCCUCGUGCUCCUUUUGAGCACUUUUUUCUUUUUUUCUUUUUCUUUUUUUUUUUUUUUUUUUUUUUUUCCUUUUUUGACUCUGUUCCAGCAAUUUGGGACUGUGAAGCUUUUGCCCUCCCUGGUGCAAUAACGUCUGCUUUGCCCCACGCUCAAUGUCGGGCCUCAUCUCCCUGCUGUGGUCUGGGACACAUCCGGCAAAGGCAGGUUCCCUCCGGGGAGCCCCGCGGAGGGUUUCACCAGAGGCAACGGGACGGGGAAGGGGCAGGAGCAAGCCGCCUGAUGCUGCCCUGGCUUCCCCAAACCAGGCCAGAGCACGCCCUGCGCUGCCUGCGGCGGGUGCAUCCGCAGGAGGAUGGAGCAAGCACCCCGGGAAGGCCCGAAGGAAAAGGGGAUUCCUGUGCUGAGGCCGUAACCCCAGCAGGCUCCAGGAAGGGCACCCGCAGCCUGGCCACUCCCCUGGCCCCGGUGCUUUGGUCUGAGCUCAGCGCCCGACCCGCCCCGCCCCCCCCCCCCCCCCCAGCCCGUCCUGCUGGUCAGAAGGCGAAGCCCCCACCAGCUGCGAGAGCUGCCCCCCACGCCCGGUGUCUGUAGCUCCGGGUGCUGUUCCCUUGCCCAGUGCACCAGUGUGUAGCCGCCGACGUCCUCAGUCUGUUUGUUUAGCACUAAUUAUUUGUCAUGUUGAUUAUUUAGCAUUAAAAAAAAAGAAAAUUCUAUUUUAAAACGCUGGGUUCCAAUGGCCAGGGGGUGCCCAGGGCUGGGGAAGGCCACUGGGCCCCUGAGCUCACGCAGGGGACCACCACCAUUGACAGCCUCCCCCCCCCCCAAAUCGUGUCGUGUCAUUCCCCCCUCCCCCCCAGUUUGGGGGCUGCUGGGGUGGGAGGGGGGCUCAGGGCAGCCCAAGGCCCCUCGGGAGAGGCAGGCGGGGGGGAAGGACCCCACUGUGGGGCAGGACCACUGCUCGUCGCAGCGAGCAGGAGAGCAGCAGGCAGCCACUGGAGCCCUUGUGGGGGCUGCGUAAGUAACACAGGCACAGCAGGGGUUAAACCACUAAAAGUUUAAUUGCAUUAUUACUACAAGAAUAAAGGAUACCUGAGAGCC